AAUUCUGCAAGUGGUUCUAAUUUACUAUCGCUGUUCUCUAGCUGGUCUAAAACCGCUUUUGACCUAAAGGGACGCUUUUUGGAUGCCAUGGACAUUUCUCAGUUUCCAGGCAGAAAGAACAGUAAAAAUGCAGGCAGGGCACAGGACAAAGCACUAGGGACAAAAUGUAUGUGAAAUGGUUUGAUACAUGAAUGUCACUUUUUGUCAUUUUCAAAUUUCCCGCCGUUCCGUCCCCCGUAUGUCCCGACGUCGCAGGGGAUGGAACCCAGAUGAUAGAUGCCUGCAUCCAUCGGAUUACAUUGCCGGGGACACUCCAGGAGGGACAU